CCUACUUGUCAAUCCACAAUCAUAAAUAUAAUUCCAAAACCCAAUUCUCACAUAUUCCCCCUUAUUUUUAAUUCCACACGCAAGCAAAUACGCAAUCCCACGCCUCUUCCUUUCCCUUUUUCUUUUCAUUGCGUUUAUUCCCCCCUUUCUUUUUAUUUGCGCAUUAUAGGCUUGCUCCACCUCUGACAUUUCUAGCAGUUAAUUAUUCAUCUUUCUUCACGAGCCUCUAUUCCCAGUUUUUAUAUUUAGCUAUUUAUUCCGCACAAGCAGCCUGAAUUUCAAGAAAACCCUGUAACACAACUAAAUUAGGCCCCCGAAAUGUCACAACAGGGCCAAUGGAAGGCAUCUGCGCUGGCCGCCACAUUCAGCUCCAAUUCGGGCUUGAACGGGACUGCGUGGGGCGCAGCGCGGCAGCCAAUGCACCGUGGCGGUGAAAUUGGCUUUGGGCUUGGCUUUGGCCAGGUGCCAAUGAUGAACAACAUGUUGCUGGCCCUGCCUCACAGCUACACUGCUACUGCUGCGGCUGUGGCCAGCGAAGCAGCCAGUGGCCGUUCCCAGAAGAGGAAGGCCAGCUGCGAGGAUGAGAGCAUGGAUGGCUCGUCGCCGACGCCCGAGCCGAUCGGCCGCAAGAUUCGUCCCCUGGGUGAACCAAGACGCGGCGCCGAUGCUCGCAAGCGCACACGCAUGGUGAUGCACACGGCAGCGCCCAACGAACUGGUGGAGCCCCUGGAGGAAAAGGACCUGCGCGCACUGCUCGACACUCUGAUAUUGCAUAAUCCGCAGCUGGCAGCGCAGGUGCGGCAGCUGGUGCCUAAGCCGACGGUCGGCUCGGCAUGCGGCCAGCUGGUGCGGCUCGAACGGCGUCUGCAGGCGGCAUUUCCAUACAACAAGUCGGGGCCUGCCUCUGACGACUACACGUACCAUCGCGUGCGGCCGGCGCUGGAGGAGCUGCGGACACCAUCCACUGGCACCGAUGCGCUGGGCAGCGAGCCGCAGCAGCCUCUCAACGCCCUUUCUCACCCGGCCGAGUGGUUUGACCUGCUGGCACAGGCGACUGACGUUGCCAUGCGCAUGCCCAAGUGGGACAAGCCCGAGAACAACGACGUCAGGCGCGACACGCUACGCCAGCUGGCCGAUGGCUGGCUGCGCGCAAUCAUGGCCACCGCGCGGUGGACCGAGGAAGGCCAUAUUGUCGGCAGGGACAUGCUCUCGCAGUGGGCGCAGCAGCUGGACCAUUUCUACGCGGCAUCGGGCGAGAGCGCGCUGUUUCAGCCAGCAGUCCAGGUCUUCCAGCGCAGCUUUGGGCAGCACUGCUUCCGGAGCUCAGGCCGCAUGUCCCUACAGUCGACAGCGUAGGGGCAUUCAGUUGAUUUUGCACAGCAGUUCAUUUUGGGUGUUUGCCCUGGGCUGGGUGCCCGGGCGACAUAUCCCUCGAGCCUACGUAAUGCCCUCCCUCCCCUGUUUCCCCCUUUACACCCCUUUAUUUUAUGUACUCAUUAUAUUUACUCUACAAGCAACACCAAA